AGAUAGACAUGUCUCUUCCCUUUCAGUCCUUAUUUAUCGUCACUCUUGCUUAACAUCAAAAAUCAAAUAGGAAAAGAAAAAAAAAUGACAGAAAUUCAGGAGUUGCCGGAAGGAUGCAUCGCCGCCAUACUGUCUCGUACUACUCCCGUUGACGCCGGCAGAUUCUCCCUCAUUUCCAAGACUUUCCGUUCUGCGGCCGAUUCCGAUGCGGUCUGGAGUCAAUUCCUCCCUUCCGAUCCCAAUUUCACAGCCUCUGUUGUUUCACAGUCUCCCUCACUUGCCAACGCUCCUACCAAGAAGGCUCUCUAUCUCGCUCUUUCCGAUCACCCUAUCAUCAUCGAUAAUGGUCACAAGAGCGUUCAAUUGGAUAGAAAAAGUGGAAAAUUCCGUUACAUGCUUGCAGCUAGAUCUCUCACUAUUAUUUGGAGUGAUCAUGACCAAUACUGGGACUGGAUUGAGUUGCCUGAUUCCAGGUUCCCUGAAGUCGCUGAGCUUCUUGAUGUAUGUUGGUUUGAUAUUCAUGGUACAAUUAACACCAUCGCAUUAUCCCCAAAUACCGAGUAUGUUACUUAUCUUGUGUUCAAGAUGGUUGAUGCCCAUGGAUUUCAGAACCGUCCUAUAGAGUUAUCAGUUUUUGUGGAAGGUGGACAUAGUAGUACGAAAAAUGUCUGUUUGGAUCCUGAUGUAGAAGGUAGGUAUCACAACAGAGUAGUAGGAUUGCAAUGUCCUAAUGUGAGAAGUGAUGGAUGGUUGGAGAUUGAGAUGGGGGAGUUCUUCAAUUCAGGGAUAGAGAAUGAAGAAGUUCAGAUGAAGGUUUUGGAGACAGGUGGUAAUUGGAAGAGAGGUCUCUUUGUUGAAGGAAUAGAAGUUAGGCCUAAGUAACACCAUUAAGCAAUGCAAGGUAUUUAGCAUUUGGGUGGCAGAACAAUGUUUGAAGAUUUGAAGUCCCAACUUUUCAACAUAAUAUAUAUUGUUGUUCCAAAAAAAAUAUAUUGUUGUUCCAAACUGUUUCUUGUAAAGUAUUUACACAAGUUAUUUGAUUGUCGUGGUAAAAUAAUUCGGGAUCUCUGUGUUGUGGUAGAGUAAUUCCUGGUGUGUUGAUUGUUCCAACUAUAUUAUAUGUAUUAUGAUUAUAUGAUCAUAAAUAUUAUAUACAUUGUGAUUAUGUGAUAUUGUGAUGCUAUGUGAAUUUGGUAUUUAUUGAUUAUGAA